CACUGACGGGCACUGAGAGGCAGCACUGAUUGGCAGCACUGAUAGGUGGCACACUGACUGGCACUGAUAGGUGGCACUGAAAGGCAGCUCAGAUGGGCACGGAUAUGUGGCAUUGAUGUGCACUGGUAGGCACUAUGUGGCAUUGAUGUGGCACUCGCAGGUGGCAUUGAUGAGCACUGACAGGUGGCACUGCUGGGGCUACACUGAUCAUCAGGGCACACUGAUCAUCAGUGCCCUGAUGAUCAGUUGUGACAGCUCGUGAGGAGAGAACUGCCAAUAACUGGCAUUUCCUUAUUUACAUGUGAUCAGCUGUG